CGCCAACGUCACUGCAUCACGUUGAGGAAUUGAUUUCAAUACUAGAGAUUUCGGAAUCUGCGCUCAUUGCGACUGUUUCAAGCCAUCGAAUGGGAGUAAAGGAUGGCGAGGUCAUUUUCAAUAGCCGACAAUGGCCUGACGAACACGCGAUCCGAUGAGGCGGACUGCGAUUUCGACCUUGCUUUGUUCCUCUCCGACGAAGCGUUCUCAGAUAUAUUUCCCAGAAACUCGAGGGAUCACGACUCUGCAGUAGAUGGAAUCAAUUUCAAUGAUGGACGAAUAUCUGCCUCUUCAAGCGUGUCUGGAGGUGUCCCGCUCUCCGAAGAGCGUGAUGGAAAUGAGCCAAUACAAGACGUCCCCAAUGCUACAGCGAGUGGAACGAAGGUGGGCAGUCGCUUCACGUCGGCAAACAUCAGAGUCCUCAAAACAUGGUCCGACAAUCACGAGCGGCAUCCGUAUCCAACCCCGGAUCAGGCCGAACGGCUCCUAAAACAGACAGGAUUGAGCAAGCAGCAACUAACAGACUGGUUCGCCAACACUCAUCGGCGCAGGAGGAUCCGCCCAGGCGGGACCUCCACGCCCGCCCGAACCGAGGCUGGUUCAAGCCCCAUAGACGUGCCAGUUCGACGACCGACACCGAUGGCAUUCGAAAAAAUGAACCCCAUGCAACGAUGGGAGCACUCGCCACCAGAUAGCGAGCCGGCUUUAGCUGCCGAUAUUUCUCGCGCAGUCGCUGCAUCAUCUAGGCGUCCAAGACUCUUAGGUCGCUCUCGAUCUUCGGCGGGACCUUGGGAGAACGCCUCGAGUAUCAGCAGUGUUGGCACAUCUCAGUCGAGUGGGGGGUCAAGGUCCAAUGCUUCGGCAUACUCUCAUGGCUCUAGCAAAUCUCCGACCCCCAUGGAGGCACCUCGAAGGGACCCAAAUCGUCGGAGAAGACGGGCAAUGGUCAAGGAACGGAGAGGAAACCGGUUGAACCUUCGACAAAUCAAUACCUACCAAUGCACCUUUUGCGCCGAAACUUUCAAGACGAAGUACGACUGGCAAAGACACGAAAAGUCACUCCAUCUAUCACUCGAGGAAUGGCACCUUGACGACCAUCACCAAGCCGCCUGCUCAGAACGACCGGCCGAAGAGCGUACUUACUACCGGAAAGCUCAUCUCCGGCAACAUUUGAAACUUUUACACAAGACAAGUCAGAUGUCGAAAACUGCUGAGACGCGCGGGGAUCAUAUCGCGGACCACUAUCGAGACGACGGAAACACCAUGUCGGAUUGGAAAGGGGACUGGGGGUUUGAGCCCCAAAUACUCGCAAAGGUUGAUAACGCGGUCCCUCCUUGCGUGAUCCAGUUUGAACAAAGUGCACCUGUCCCCUUCUGUGCAAGUGUCUCUCCGGCCGGUUCUGCACCAAGUGCAUACGAACUCCUCAAGCUCGAGGUAGAGUAUUUUGUCCGUAAUUACUUUGAGCAACACGAGCGCCUGCCCUCGGACGACGAAGUCAUCUACGAGGCUUGUACGAUCAUAUAUGCCUCUGAGUUUUUCAGGCCCAGCGGCACCUCAAACGCUUCAUCCUGGCUUCGAGACUUGUUGAUGAGUUCUACAGAGCUGUCUGAAAAGGCACGUCUGCGUCCAAUGAAUCAAUGCUAUGAACUAGCCAAACUUCGCGCGAGUCAUCUCCAGAUUAUCGACAAGGCGGAUAUCUUUGAGGAUUGCGAACUAGAAGUUCAGCUCUGCAGGCAUCUCAGAGAACACAUCGUUCUAGGUCUUACGCCCUCGGACGACGAUCUUCAGCAAGAAGCCUGCGUCAUUCUUAACAGAAUCCCAUGGCGAACACGUCUAGUGCUGAACUCGAUGGCUUUUUUUGCAGGACUAGCUGAACUGGAUCAGUUGACAGGAGAGGCAGAAAGGCUUAUACCAACGACGGGCGGCGAAGUACGAUCAACCUCCCAAUUCGGGCCAGCUUUCGCGCAGAAAUCUUCAAGCUAUUGCGACCCUGUCGAAGAUAAAGGUUAUAUCUCGCCUUGCUUCGCUUCCGAUACCAUGCCAACGAAGCCCAGCGACCUUUACACGCGGUUGCAGACUGCCAAGUCAAUAUUUGAGGGAUCUGGGCACUCGCCAAGACAGUCCGAGCGCUCGAGAGGCACUGAUAUGCCUUGCUUUCUUAACGACCCAAAUAGAUAUGCUCGUUUGGCAGGGGAGCUAUCGCGGUUCGUUACGACUACUAUUUCACCUCAAAACCCAAACAUGCAUAUCCCUUCAGACGAUGAGCUCAUAUACCAUGCCAGAUGGGUCAUUUUCGAUGAUGACGAUCCGUGGAAUCAAACGGCUGCAGACAUUUCCGAAUGGCUGGCCGAAUUCAAAAAGGGAGUCGGUCUUGAAUGA